UUUGUUUUUUUUUUCUUGCUUUUUAGUCUUUCAAUGAUUGUUAAACACGUUUUGCUAAAUUGUCGUUUUUUCGUUUCAAAAUCUAGUAAUAAAAGAAGAUUUUUACUUCCAUUCAAACAACAAUUAGCUUUAUUCUCUUCUUCAAAAUUUCCACAAAUGUCGUCUUCUUCUAUUAAUAUUAAUCCAAAAUGUUACCCUUUGGUUGAAAGAGGAAAUGUUGUUGAUGAUUACCAUGGAAAGAAGAUUCCGGAUCCGUAUAGAGCGCUAGAAGAGCCGGACGCUGAAAUUACAAAAGAUUUUGUUCAGGAGAUUAAUUCAAUAUCAGAGCCUUUCUUUCAAGCAUGUUCUUGCAGAGAAGUUUUCAGCGAACGUUUGACUUCAACUUGGGACUAUGAGAAGUUUGGUUGUCCAUCGAUUCAUGGCGAUUAUUAUUAUUACUUUUACAAUUCUGUGUUUUGUAUCAACAAAAAUCUUUGGAUGAAAAAGGCAAAGUCUUUAUGGAUCCAAACACCUGGUCAGAGGAUGGAACAACUUCUCUAUCUCACACUUCUUGGACUGAAGAUGGAACACUACUAGCCUAUAGUGUUAGUGAAAAAGGAAGUGAUUG